CCCCGCCUCACCUCCGCCUCAGUUGACAGAAUAGGCUGAAGACAUCUUCUUCUCGACAAGGCUGUCAGGAAUUUCUUUAAAUCUUUUAAACCCCAACAUUGUGUAUCAACACCAAUUUAAACCAGUCGGUCUUCUCCAAGUGUGAACCGUCGACAUGUCCUUCGGGGUCGGCUUUGGUGACAUCGUCAAGGCGAUUGGUCUAGCCAAAAGUGUAGUGGCGACGUAUCGAAACGCUCCAAAUCAAGUAAAAGAACUAGCAGAUGAUAUCUCCCGAUUACUGGGUGUGCUAGAGGGAGCCCACAACAUCCUCCAAAGAAGGGAGCGCGACCUCGCCGAAUAUGAAAGAAACAUGUUGAUGUCGAUCCUCCAAGGCUACGUGACCAUCCUCAACAAGCUCCGCACAAUGUACAACGAAAAUCACACUCUUGCUGCUGAUGAGUCACACGGUAUAAGAAGCCACGUCCGAAAGGUAGGCAAAAGGCUAGUAUUCGAGCCGGAUACGAUCAAAGAAUAUCGGCAGGAAAUAACUCACUACAAUGCCAUGCUUAGCCACUUCAUGGCGCUAUUGAACACUCCGGUCAUCUGGGACACCCAUCAAAAGGUCGAGACACUGGUUGGGUACAAGAAUACGCAGGAGGGCCAACAGCUCUUGGCCUGGCUCACCCAACUGGAUUUCGGCAAACUGCACACAGACAGAUUAAGGAGACGAGAACCAGGGACAGGCACCUGGCUUAUUGCUUCAGAAAAGUUCCAGGCCUGGCUUGAUCAGCCGCAGACGAUCCUUCUCUGUCCCGGGAUGCCUGGAGCUGGCAAGUCAUUCAUUGCCUCGAUAAUUAUAAAUUAUUUGCAACAGAUUUAUUCCCAUGAUCGGGAGACAUGCGUCACAUUCUUGCUCUGCGACUUCAACUCUCAGCAGGAGCAAUGCCCCGAGGAUCUACUAGCAAAUUUGUUGAAGCAACUGAUACAGAGUAGGUCUAUCCCAACAGACUUACAGAAGUUGUUUGUGCAGUACAAGUCGAAGCCACCAGGGUGCCGACCACAGAUGGACGAGUUGCUUGGUUGUCUAGUCACGGCAAUGAGUUCAUAUGAGAGAGUCUUUCUCAUUAUCGGCGCUCUGGACGAAUACCAGACAGAGGAUAGGACGAGAUUUUUGGAGGAAAUCUUCAAGCUUCAAGCAACUUCCAGGUUGAGCGUCCUCGCCACUCUGAGAUCCAUCCAAGAGAUUCUUUCAGUGUUUGAAGAGAGCGGGGCCACCCUUCAUGUGCUUGAGAUUCGCGCACAUCAAGAUGACAUACACAAAUUUCUUGACCACCAAAUCACGAACAGUGGAUGCCGCAGACGUGCUGCAAAGAUCGCCGUUGCGGCUGGCCAUAGAGAACGGACACGACAGCAUCGCAGAGAUUCUGCUCCACCACAAGGCAGAAUUAGAGGCUUGCGCAGCUGCCGAAUGGAACUUUCUGCACGUUUCCUCGCUCACGGUGUCAGUGAAGGUGCGAGAACACGUACUACGCGUGUUGUCAGACGCAGGGGGGGAGGCCGACGUGCUCGGAUUGGGCAUCUUGUUCACAUGAUUCGUCCUUGAUAAUCGUGGCGUCUGCCAGCAUCGUCCGCAAUCACAUUGGUCUGGAACAUCGGAGUACCUAGAUACCUCCAAGCCCGGCAAUUAUAAGUAGGCAUCACAGUCAGGCUGCCCUUUUUAAUG